GUGGUUCAUUAACCAAGUUGGCUUAUUAUUCAACCGUGCAGCACAAAGUGGCAAGAGUGAGAUCCUUUGAUCAUUCUGGAAAGGACGUAGAAAACGAACCUUUGUAUGAAAUAUCAGUUCAAGAGGAGAUCACAGCUCGACUUCACUUCAUUAAAUUUGAAAACACGUAUAUCGAAACCUGCCUAGAUUUCAUCAAGGACCAUCUUGUCAAUACAGAGACAAAAGUCAUCAAAGCCACAGGUGGUGGCGCCUAUAAAUUCAAAGAUCUUAUUGAGAAGAAAUUGGGGUUGAAGGUAGAUAAAGAAGAUGUAAUGACCUGCCUAAUUAAAGGAUGCAACUUUGUGCUAAGGAACAUACCCCAUGAAGUGUUUGCAUACCAGAAAGAUUCUGACACAGAAUUCCGAUUUCAGACGAACCACCCAAAUAUUUUUCCUUAUUUACUGGUGAAUAUUGGCUCUGGGGUUUCUAUAGUGAAGGUAGAAACCGAAGACAAAUUUGAAUGGAUUGGAGGGAGCUCGAUUGGCGGCGGAACCUUCUGGGGCCUUGGAGCACUGCUCACAAAAACAAAGAAAUUCGAUGAAUUGCUGCAGCUGGCUUCAAAGGGACAGCACACCAACGUAGACAUGCUGGUGAAAGAUGUGUACGGAGGCGCCUACCAGACCCUGGGGCUGAGUGGCAAUCUGAUAGCUAGCAGCUUCGGGAAAUCCACUACAGCAGAUAAAGAAUUUUCCAAAGAAGAUAUGGCAAAGAGCUUGCUCCAUAUGAUCAGCAAUGACAUCGGUCAACUCGCCUGCCUCUACGCCAAGCUCCACAACUUAGACAAGAUCUAUUUUGGAGGGUUCUUUAUUCGGGGUCACCCUGUUACUAUGCGCACAAUAACCUACAGCAUCAACUUCUUCUCCAAGGGAGAGGUUCAGGCAUUGUUCCUGAGACAUGAAGGCUACCUGGGAGCCAUUGGGGCAUUUUUAAAAGGAGCUGAACAAGACAAUCCGAAUCAGUAUAGCUGGGGAGAGAACUAUGCUGGGAGUUCUGGUCUGAUGAGCACAUCACCUGACGUUUACCCUAUGCAGAGAACAAGGAGUGGUACAUUUGACAUGCUUGAAAUGGACAGGCUGGAGAGGCCGCUUGUUAACCUGCCCCUGCUGAAAGACCCCUCGACCUAUAUUCCGGACACCGUUGACCUCACGGAUGAUGCCAUGGCCAGAAAAUACUGGCUCACCUGCUUUGAGGAGGCGCUGGAUGGGGUGGCAAAGCGUGCUGCAGCCAGUCAGCCGGACUCCACUGAUGCACUGGAGAGAGCGGAAAAAUUCCGACAGAAAUACUGGAAUAAGCUCCAGACGCUCAGGCAGCAGCCUUUUGCGUAUGGUACCCUAACCGUUAGAAGUCUUUUGGACACACGGGAACACUGUUUAAACGAGUUCAAUUUUCCGGAUCCCUACUCAAAGGUAAAGCAGAAGGAAAAUGGCAUAGCCUUAAAGUGUUUUCAGAGCGUAAUCGAAUCUUUGGAUUCGUUGGGCUGGGAGGAGAGGCAGUUUGCUCUGGUGAAAGGACUUCUUGCGGGGAAUGUCUUUGACUGGGGAGCAAAAGCAGUCUCAGAUCCCUGCCAGCAGCUGCGUGUGGCUGGAGCCGUUGUCGCUAGCGUGAACUCUGAUUUAACGCACUUUGGAUUCGAAGAAGCCAAGUCAAAGCUACAAGAACGCCCCUGGUUAGAAGACUCCUACGGUCAGUGGCUGCAGCGGCUGAAGGAGGGUCCCCCUCAUAAAUGUGCCUUAAUUUUCGCAGAUAACAGUGGAAUAGACGUAAUUUUAGGAGUCUUUCCUUUUGUCAGAGAGCUCCUUUCUAGAGGGACAGAGGUGAUCCUGGCCUGUAACUCUGGCCCUGCCCUCAACGACGUCACCUACAGCGAGUCCCUGAUCGUUACGGAGCGCAUCGCAGCGAUGGACCCCGUGAUCCAGUAA